AUGAAGUUCUUCAUUGACGACCUCCCCGUGCUCUUCCCGUAUCCUCGCAUCUAUCCCGAGCAGUAUGCCUACAUGUGCGAUCUCAAGAAGACCCUCGACGCAGGGGGUCACUGUGUGCUGGAGAUGCCUUCGGGCACAGGAAAGACCGUCUCGCUGCUGUCGCUGAUUGUCGCCUACCAGCAACACUACCCAGAACACCGCAAGCUCAUCUACUGCUCCCGAACCAUGUCCGAGAUUGAAAAGGCCCUGGCGGAGUUGAAGGCGUUGAUGAAGCAUCGAGAAAAGGAGCUAGGAUAUACAGAGGAGUUUCGCGCGCUGGGGCUGACGAGUCGCAAAAAUCUGUGUCUCCACCCAUCUGUGAAGAGAGAGAAGAGCGGCACUGUGGUUGACGCAAGGUGUCGCAGCUUGACAGCCGGCUUUGUCAAGGAGAAGAAGGAGCGCGGAGAAGACGUCGAGCUGUGUGUGUACCACGAGAAUCUUGACUUGCUCGAGCCGCAUAACCUGAUCCCUCCUGGAGUCUUCACACUCGAUGGACUGAUCCGAUACGGAGAAGAACAUAAACAAUGUCCCUAUUUCUCUGCUCGGCGCAUGAUGCCCUGGUGCAAUAUUAUCAUCUACUCAUACCAUUACCUCCUCGAUCCUAAAAUCGCCGAACGAGUAUCUCGAGAGCUCUCCAAGGACUGUAUAGUGGUCUUUGACGAGGCGCACAAUAUUGACAAUGUCUGCAUUGAAUCGCUCAGUAUCGAUCUCAGCGAGGACGCCCUUCGCAAAGCUACCAGGGGCGCAACCAAUCUGGAACGCAAGAUCGAAGAAAUGAAGAGCACGGAUGCAGAGAAGCUGCAGAACGAAUAUUCAAAGCUUGUGGAGGGCCUGCAGCAGGCAGAACAAGCACGGGAGGAAGAUCAAUUCAUCUCGAACCCGGUAUUGCCAGAUGACUUGUUGAAGGAAGCGGUGCCAGGAAACAUUCGCCGAGCUGAACACUUCGUUGCCUUCCUGAAACGAUUUAUCGAAUAUCUGAAGACUCGAAUGAAAGUGACUCACACCAUAUCUGAGACGCCGCCGUCCUUCCUCACGCAUCUGAAAGACUUGACUUACAUCGAGCGAAAACCCUUAAGGUUCUGUGCUGAGCGCCUUACCUCGCUAGUCCGCACUCUGGAACUUGUCAAUAUUGAAGACUACCAGCCUCUGCAAGAGGUAGCGACAUUUGCGACUCUUGUCGCAACCUACGACAAGGGAUUCGUUCUGAUCUUGGAGCCGUACGAGUCGGAAGCAGCCACCGUUCCCAAUCCGAUAUUACACUUUACAUGCUUGGAUGCUGCUAUCGCCAUUAAGCCAGUGUUCGACCGUUUCAGCUCGGUUAUCAUCACUUCCGGUACCUUGUCGCCUCUCGAAAUGUAUCCCAAGAUGCUAGGGUUCACUGCUGUCAUGCAAGAGUCAUAUAGUAUGACGCUGGCACGACGCUCUUUCUUGCCCAUGAUUGUCACUCGCGGCUCAGACCAAGCUCAAGUCUCAUCUUCCUUUGGAAUUCGCAAUGAUCCCGGUGUUGUGCGCAAUUACGGGACCCUCGUCACAGAAUUCGCACGCAUCACUCCAGACGGCAUCGUGGUUUUCUUCCCGUCUUAUCUCUACAUGGAAUCAAUCAUCAGCAUGUGGCAAGGAAUGGGCAUCUUGGAUCAAAUCUGGAACUACAAGUUGAUUCUCGUCGAAACCCCCGACGCGCAGGAAUCAUCGCUCGCCUUGGAGACGUACCGUACAGCUUGCUGUAAUGGCCGGGGUGCGAUCCUGCUUUGUGUCGCACGAGGCAAGGUGUCUGAGGGUAUCGAUUUCGAUCAUCACUAUGGCCGCGCAGUGUUGUGCAUCGGUGUCCCCUUUCAGUACACGGAGUCCCGCAUCUUGAAAGCCCGCCUCGAGUUCCUGCGCGAGAACUAUCACAUUCGGGAAAAUGACUUCCUAUCCUUCGACGCAAUCCGACAUGCCGCCCAAUGUCUGGGUCGCGUGCUACGCGGCAAGGACGACUACGGAGUCAUGGUGUUGGCAGAUCGUCGAUUCGAGCGCAAGCGUCCCCAGCUCCCCAAGUGGAUCAACCAAGCAAUGCUGGAUAGCGAAACCAACCUCAGCACAGAUAUGGCCGUGGCCAAUGCCAAGAACUUCCUUCGCACUAUGGCGCAGCCUUUCAAGGCAAAGGAUCAGGAGGGCAUUUCCACGUGGAACUUAGCUGACAUCGAGCGCCACGAGGCGAAGCGAAGGUCAGAGGAGGAGCGGAUUAUGAGAGAAGAGCUCGCGAAUGGACACACCAUGGAUGGGGUGGUCACCACCACGCAGAGGAUUAUCGAGGACGACGAGUUCGAUGAUGACAUCGAAGCCGAUAUGAUGAUGCUGGAUGCUCCGUGA